AUGGACAAGGUCACCGGGAAACACAUCACACGCCUCAAGUGGGGUGGAUGGGAGCCCGAGUGGAAGGAAAUGCUCCUCCCACCAGACUGGGGCCAUGCUCCAGUCCGGUACCCCACGACCUACCAGGAGUCCAUUGUUUUGCCGCCGCUGGGAGUUACCGGGGACAAAGAUCAAGCCGCCUCGGUUGCUGGUACUGGCAGCUCAGGCGCCGCUGCGAGCACUGCUGGACACCUGGCACCGUUCCAGCCGGCCAGUCUCCCGGACACAGGGCAACUCAGGCCAGUCAAGUGCGCCGUCCAAUCUUUUCACCGCACCGGGAUACCUUUCUUCCUUCGGGUCGUGGACGAGAUGCCGCUACUGAAAUCAAGGUACCUUGACCCAGACUAUGACGGAACAACAAAGACCCGUAGGGACUUGAAAGCCAAGCGCGCCUGCGCCUUAGACGCUAGCCUGGAACUGGUGACACCAGCGAGUCGGCACUGGUUCAUUCAGGAGUGCAAACUGGAGGAUUGGAUCGAGGAGAGCGAAGCCACGGACUCCUACGUGAUUAACUGGGACACCGGGUGGCAGCUGCCGCAGACUGGGGAUGAAGGAGUACGAGCGGUGCUGCGGUCAUACAUAGGAUCCAACACCGACGAAAUCGCUUGUCUCCGCAUGGUCUUCCCUCGUUUCCCCGGGCGGGUCAUCCCAGACGGCAAGCGGAGGCUCCAUCCGCGUUGUCGCGUAUACCCAACCAGCGGCUCUCUGGUCAAGCACGACAAGGCGGAUUUCGACAAAGUCCUUGCGGGGCUUCUGAAGCCUGGAGGUUGGGGCAACGUCGUGGCGGUCAGCGUGCCGCCGGGGUCCAACAUCAUGGAGCUGGGGGGGGGCCUGGUGCUGGCCUUGCGUCACGUGGUCCAGGCCGAGGCGCUGCCCAGGGAGAGCCGCCCGCCGGCGUCGGAGCCGUCAUGCGAGCCGCGCGCCGCCAGGACGCGGUGGGCCAAGCGACCGAAGAUCGCCCAGGCGACCGCUGGACCCACGGCGCGCCCGUCCGCCAGCCUGGCGGCUGGCGCUGCCGCGGCCGACCCGGAGGAGCAGGCCGAGGCCGACGAGCUGGCGCGCGCGGCCAAGCGGGCGAAGCUCGACCUCGAGGGGCAGGCGUCGACGGCAGAGAAGGCGCUGCAGGAGUCCGAGCCGCAGCCGGGGCCGGAGGACCUGCAACACGCUGCGCGCGAGACGUGUCAGGGGCCCAGUGCGAAGCGCCCGCGGUGCAGCCCCCCGCGGCCUGGGCUGCGUCGCAGGGCCCGCCGCUUGCUGCUGGACGCGGUACGCUCUGGCGCCCUCCAGGCGACGCUCGCGUGCCUCGGCCGUGCGCGCGCCCAGGCGGAGGGGCGCCUUGCUGCCUUGCGCGCGCGGUUGCGCGUGCUGUUGGCGGAUUCCUGCCGGGCUGGUGAGCUGAGGGCGGCAUUGACACGGCGGCAGGAGCAACGGGCGUGCUUGCUGCAAGAGGGCGUGCGGAGCUUGCUGAAGUGCGCGCUGCGCGCCGGCACCCUGCGCGGAGCGCUCGAGCAGGUGAUUUUUGAUCGCGCUGCCUUCGAAGCCUUGGCAGGCGAGGCGAAGCGAGAAAUCCCUGCGGCCGAAGCCCGCGAGGCUGCUGUGGCGGAGGACUCGGGCGAGGCUGCAAUGGAGGUGGACGAGCCGCAAGUGCCCGGUGGCAGCGAGGGCGAGGACGAGACGGCCGAGGAGGUGAUCUUGCCCGAGAUUGGGGCGGCGGAGCGCGACGCCUACGUUGCGCACUUCCGCUGCCUACUCGAGAUGGAGCGCCAGGCGGAAGAGGCUCAGGUGUUGGAGCGGCUCCGCCGGCCCCUGAUGCAGUUGGAGUCGCUGGGGGUCUCCUGCUCGGGCUUGUGGCCCGAGUUCCGCCCCGGCGACGUUAUCGUGCUCACGAGGCGGUCGCGCGGGAUCCCCAGCCUGCCCGAGGUGUCGCCUGGCCGGACGGUGCUCCUGACCGCGCAGGGAGACCAGGUGAGCCUCAGCGGGUGCGGCUCCACGGCCGGCGGAGAGGUCCUGAGCAUCAGCUCCCGAGAGAUAGUCGUUCAGUGCGGGGCCAAGCUGCGGGGGCCGCUCCGCCUGGACUCGGGGCCCAACGGCGUCGCGCAGCGGCGGCUGUCGGAGGUGCUCGUCGCCCUGGAGCGGGGGGGGUCGCGGCCCGGGGAGGACCCCUGGCGGCACGGGCUGGGGCUGGUGACGCCAAGCACACCUCUGGCGUCGGCCCUCUUCGCCAGCGCGCCUGGCGCGGAGGCGACGCUGGCGGCGCGCGCGGCCGAGGCGCCGCCAGACGAGCAGGCGAGCUCGCCGGGUCCUCCCGCCACCCCCUUGCCUGAGCUGGCGAGGCAGCAGCACUACAGCACACCGAGCCCGCCGUGGGUCUCCUACCCGAGCGGCAUGUACCGUGCCGCCAACGAUCGGUUGAGGAGGCACCUCGAGCGUCCACCCGAGGCGCCGCUGAACCCAUCGCAGCAGCGAGCAGUCGCAGUGACUGCGCGGGAGCGUCGGCAGCUGGCUCUUAUCCAAGGUCCACCAGGCACUGGCAAGACGGCCACGGCGAUCGAGGUGAUUGUCUCUUGGCUGAGGGCCAGCAGGGGCCCCAUCUUGGCCACGGCCUUCACCAACAAAGGGGUGGACAACCUAGCCGAGGGCCUGUGGCUGCGCGGCGUCAACGUGGUGCGCAUCGGCGCCUGCAGCCCCGACUUGCCGUAUUCCGAAGCCUCGCACAUGAAGGCAUUCGGCUUCGACCGGGGCACGCGGAACCGGAAGCUCUUCCAAGACAUGCUGGGCGGCGCACACGUGGCGUGCGCCACGUGCAUCGGAGUGGGCAUGGGCAUCCUCGAGGGGGCCUCGUUCCCUUACGUCGUUAUCGACGAAGCAGCCCAGGUCGUGGAGCCCGCUGCGCUUAUCCCGCUGUCCCACGGUUCCGUGCAGGCAGUCCAGGUCGGAGACCAGUGCCAGCUGCCGGCUACGGUCGUCAGCCGCGAGGCAGAGCAGGGGGGCCUCGCCACCAGCUUGUUUGAGCGCUUGGUGGACCAGGGGGUGGAUUGCCACAUGCUCUCGGUGCCCAGCCGAGUUGGGGUGCAGAUGGCCAUGGGAACGUCGAGCGAGCUCGGGUGA